AUGAAAGGAGUAGUCAUUUCAGUGAUGGUUGUGCUAGCUAUGGUUCACUUCAUGGUGAAGCCAGGAGAGGCCAUCUCUUGUGGUCAAGUGGAUGCAUCUUUGGCACCAUGUGUUCCUUACCUCACUAAUGGCGGCACUCCUACAACUGAAUGCUGUAAUGGAGUGAAAAGCAUAAAAGGGAUGGCUACAACCCCAGUGGCCAAGAGAACAACAUGCAAUUGCGUUAAGGGUGCUGCUAAUCGCUAUUCCAACUUGAAGGACGAUGCAGCCCAAGCCCUCCCUGCAAAGUGCAAUGUUCAAAUGGAUAUCCCCAUCUCUCGAAGCACCAACUGUGACGCGUAAGCCUUUUUUUUUUUUUCCAUGUGUGUUUGUGAUGCUUUUCUGACAUGGUUGUUUAUCUUAAGUAGGUAGCUUUGUUAAA